GUUUCGGUCUUUAAUAGGUGUGUGCCAGUAUAUGUGUGUAUUUACAUUAAAGUCACAUCAACUUUGUGCGGCAUUCUGCAUGCUUAUUGUCUGUACGCGCGUGAGGGCUUGAUUUGCCCUCUUCCCUCCUCUCUGUUAGGAGGUUUACAGUCUGCAUUUAACAGGGAAGUGUCAGCAAUUACACGCUGUUCUUGACAGGAUUGUUAAAAGAAAACAGGGAAAGGGCCACGGCUUGUUCUCCUCCGAUCAGCAGGCGACUUAGAGAAGGUGCAUGUGUUUGUUAAGACCGAAGUGGGCUAAUGCAAGAUGUCAUUUGGAGCCUGACAGUGGAACGGUGCAGUUGACUCUCUUCUGCUCUGCUAUCCAAUGACAUCCAGUGGCUGAGAGUAUGAAGCUGAUGGUUGGGUCUCUCCUCAGUGCAUCAGGCACACCUGACAGGCAGCUGUAAAACCAAGCCAAGGCGAGGUUUGGGAGUCACAGGGUAUGCAUAAAUGAUAGGGGUAACUGUGCAGAAGGUGCGAAAGAAGCUCUUGCCCCCUCCCCAAAGCCCCUCUUCCCCAGAUGAAAUGCACAACGCAGCUAGCUUAACACCACCACACUCCUGCUACUGGCUGCCAAGAGACUCAAAAAAAUCCACCUUCACUUUUCAGUCAGAAGAGGCAGAAGUGGAUGUGAGAGACAGAGACAUUCAGAGACAAACAGAACGAAAGAGGACAAGAGGCUUGACUUUAAGAGACUCCUGCAGUGACAACUCCAUGCAGUUCGGAACAACAAGGACGGCAACCACCUCCGAGUCGGGUUUCAUGGGGACAUGGCAGAACGCUGACACUAACCUCUUGUUCAGAAUGUCCCAGCAGGCAAUACGCUGCACAUUGGUAAAUUGUACAUGUGAAUGUUUCCAACCAGGGAAGAUAAACCUGAGAACCUGUGAUCAAUGUAAACAUGGCUGGGUGGCACAUGCUUUGGACAAGCUUAGCACUCAGCAUUUGUACCAUCCAACUCAAGUGGAGAUUGUGCAAUCCAACGUUGUGUUCGACAUCAGCAGCUUGAUGCUAUAUGGUACUCAGGCUGUGCCUGUGAGACUGAAGAUUCUCCUUGAUCGACUGUUCAGCGUAUUGAAACAGGAAGAAGUACUGCACAUCCUUCACGGUUUGGGCUGGACUCUCCGCGACUAUGUUCGGGGUUACAUCCUUCAGGAUGCUGCAGGCAAAGUGCUGGACCGCUGGGCCAUCAUGUCCAGGGAAGAAGAGAUUAUUACCCUUCAGCAGUUUUUGAGGUUUGGAGAAACCAAAUCCAUUGUGGAGCUGAUGGCAAUUCAAGAAAAAGAAGGGCAAGCCGUUGCUGUUCCAUCUUCAAAGACAGACUCAGACAUACGGACUUUUAUUGAAAGCAAUAAUCGAACCAGGAGCCCAAGUCUCCUUGCUCACUUGGAGAACAGCAACCCUUCCAGCAUUCAUCAUUUCGAAAACAUCCCAAACAGCCUAGCAUUCCUGCUACCAUUUCAAUACAUAAAUCCAGUCUCCGCUCCACUACUGGGCUUGCCGCCGAAUGGGCUCCUGCUGGAACAGCCAACGCUGAGACUGCGUGAGCCAAACCUUUCAACUCAGAAUGAAUUUAAUGAAAGCAGUGAAUCUGAUGUUUCCCCAGCCCCUUUCAAGAACGAGCAGACCUCCAGCAGGAAUGCCUUGACCAGCAUCACCAACGUAGAGCCCAAAAGCGAACCAACUUCCGUUUCCCCUGUUCAGACUUCGACCCCUGUCAGUGAUUUAUCCAAACCUGAACAUACAAAGAGCUCUUUCAGGAUUCAUAGAAUGCGAAGGAUGGGCUCAGCCUCACGGAAAGGAAGAGUCUUUUGCAACGCAUGCGGGAAAACCUUUUAUGACAAGGGGACCCUGAAAAUCCACUACAAUGCAGUCCACCUUAAGAUCAAACAUCGAUGUACGAUCGAAGGCUGCAACAUGGUCUUCAGCUCCCUUAGAAGUCGCAACCGCCACAGUGCUAACCCCAAUCCCCGACUUCAUAUGCCCAUGUUAAGAAACAAUCGAGACAAGGAUCUCAUCCGUGCUACAUCCGGUGCUGCUACUCCUGUUAUAGCAAGUACAAAAUCGAAUCUAACAUUAACGAGUCCAGGGCGACCUCCGAUGGGUUUUACCACUCCACCAUUAGAUCCUGUGUUACAAAAUCCUCUUCCUAGCCACCUCGUAUUUCCCGCUUUAAAGACUGUACAGCCAGUUCCUCCUUUUUACAGAAGUUUACUUACACCUGGGGAGAUGGUGAGUCCUCCCACCUCGUUACCAACUAGUCCAUUGAUGCCAGUAACUGGCACAAUGGAACAGUCUUCUCUCCCUUCAGAAUCAACACUGCCCGCAGGCAUCAUGCCCCUCCAAGAAACAAGUGCUGACCUCGCCCCUAAGAAAAAGCCACGAAAGUCAAGCAUGCCUGUCAAAAUAGAGAAGGAAAUCAUUGACACAGCCGAUGAGUUUGAUUACGAAGAUGAAGAAAUUAAUGAUAACAGAAGCAUAACUCAUGAUGGUGGUCAUGACAAUCAUUGCCAUUCUCAGGAGGAGAUGAGCCCAGGGUUGUCUGUGAAGGACUUCUCAAAAAAUGGGCAAAGCAGGUGCAUUUCAAGGACAGAGCUAAGAAGGACAGAUAGUAUGACAUCAGAUGACCAAGAGCACGAGAGGGACUAUGAAAAUGAAUCUGAAUCCUCAGAGCCAAAACUGUGUGAGGAAUCCAUGGAAGGGGAUGAACACAUGAUCCAUGAAAGAAGUAGCAAGUCUAUGAUGAACCAUGAAAGACCGGAUGAAAACCACAAUGAUGCUUCCCAUCCCGGUGAAAUUAAAGUCAAGGAAGAGUUUACAGACCCUACAUAUGAGAUGUUUUACAUGAGCCAAUACGGACUUUAUAAUGGAGGCAGUGCCAGCAUGGCUGCUCUCCAUGAAAGCUUCGCUUCAUCAUUCAGUUAUAACAGCCCCCAGAAAUUCUCUCCAGAAGGCGAUUUGUGCUCGAGUCCAGAUCCCAAGAUCUGCUAUGUGUGCAAGAAGAGUUUCAAGAGUUCCUACAGCGUGAAACUCCAUUAUAGGAAUGUUCACUUAAAAGAGAUGCAUGUCUGCACAGUGGCUGGCUGCAAUGCUGCUUUCCCCUCCCGAAGAAGCAGAGACAGACACAGUGCGAAUAUAAAUCUGCACCGUAAACUAUUGACCAAAGAACUGGAUGACAUGGGACUGGAUUCCUCUCAGCCCUCCCUUAGCAAGGACCUCCGUGAUGAAUUCUUGAUGAAGAUCUAUGGUGCUCCACCCCAUUUGGGUUUUGAUCUACGGGAAGACACCUCCUCCCCAGCAGGUACCGAGGACUCCCACUUGAAUGGAUACGGACGGGGCAUGUCAGAAGAAUACAUGGUAUUAGACCUGAGCACCACCUCCAGCAUCCAGUCGAGCAGUAGCAUUCAUUCUUCCAGAGAAUCGGAUGCAGGAAGCGACGAGGGCAUCCUUUUGGAUGACAUGGAUGGGGUCAGCGACAGCGAGGAAUCAUCACACAAAACUGAGGCUGCAGCCUUAGGGGUCAGCUUGAGUGCUGAAGUCCCGGGGUCUCUCAUGUUUAACAGCGUUUCCAUGAAUAACGGUGGGAUCAUGUGUAACAUUUGUCACAAAAUGUACAGCAACAAGGGGACUCUCAGGGUGCAUUACAAGACGGUACACUUACGUGAAAUGCACAGAUGUAAAAUCCCUGGAUGCAACAUGAUGUUUUCCUCGGUCCGCAGCCGAAAUCGCCACAGUCAGAACCCGAAUCUGCAUAAAAACAUUCCCUUCACUUCAUUAGAUUAAUCCUGAGAUGGACACGGUCAGUGCCAGCUCAAAAAGUAAGACCUUAUACUUCUUCAAAUUGCCAUUUACAGACUCUUCUAUAAAUAUAUAUAAAUAUAAAUAUAUAAAUAUAUAUCUUUUUUUUCCUUUUUUAAACAAAACAGAAAAAGACCGGGUGCUUUCCUUCCUCCUCCUGCCCCCCUUAUUUUUUCCCCUAUUUUUUGUUCCUUUGUUUUUUGUUAUGUUUUUUUUAACAGAAAAAAAAUUAUGUGGGUUGGGAUAGUAUCUUUAACCUGGGAUAACAUUUCCACUACUUAAAAAAAAAAAAAGAAUAACAAAUGAACUUACCUUUUAAAACUCACUUUUGUUAUAAAAUUUGUGGUCAUCUCCAAAGAGACUGUUUCUUCCAUCAAUGACUGUUGCCUGCAAUCUUAGAAGAAGAAAGGAGAAAAAAAAAAAGAAAACAAAAGAAAACAAAAACCCCUAAAAACAAAGCACUGCAAAGAUAUUAAAACGAGAGAGAAAAAGGACAACUUCAAUUGUUUUUGUGUAUUUUAAACCUUUGAGAGGUUCGUCAACUAAGCAUGGCUGUUAACACUUGUAUAUAUUGAGCCUCAAAAGGCCCAUGAUGUAAAACAAUUGUAUUGAUGGUGGUUUAACCUUUUCUUUGUUUGUUUGUUUGGGUUUUGUUUUUGUUUUACAUUUACAUUUACAUCCAGCUGUGAGAUAUGUGGGGGGUUGGGUGGGAAUAGUUUGCUGGCUAGCUCAAUUCAUUUAUAUUAGCUUCAGUGCACAUUUUUUUUAAAGAAAAGAAGAAAACACAAGUUCCAUUUUUAACUACCUGCUAGAAACGCAUAAGGGGAGGUGCUGGCAUGCUUUAGAGCACCUGAUUGGAUACAGGUUUUCCUUGUUUUGUUUUUAUUUUGGUCUUGUUACGAUUACAUAAAUCCAGUCAUGCACUUUUUUCUUACACGAUGUGGGGAUGUGUAAUAAUAUCCAUACCCUUUUUUCCCUUAAAAGUAUUGCCAUACUAUCAGUGUCUUAUUAAGAAAAAAAAAAAACCCUACCCUUUGUUCCAAGUGGUGUCUGGUCAGUACGGCAGGCAAAUGCUGAACAAAAUCCUGUUAGGCGUGAACACGAAACUGCCAACUUUGCACAAGUUUUCAGUAACCAAAAUAUAUGAAUCGGCUGGUAUUAACCACAGGCUAAGGUUGUGGCAGUGAGGAAAAAGAAAAAAAAAAAACAAUCCUAGGAACUGGGGAACAACGGAAUACCAUACCUAAAUGUAUUUCUCAGGUCCUAAAAAUUAUGCAUGUUCUCAAAGCAAGGCCACAGUUUUAUUUUUAAAAAAAUGAAAAAGAGGAGAGGGGAAAAAAAGAAAGCAGAAGUUGCUUAUUAAGAGACAACGGAGGAAUUUCUUCAACUACGGGAGGAUGAACUUUUUAGGAAAGUGGUGCAAGCCAGCAACUGUUAACCUGGAAGUAAGCCCCAUUACACUUGGGACGGGAGGGUGUCUGUGGGGGGUGGGUGGGCUUCCUCUCUUGGAGGCCUGCGAAAGGUUGCAUUGUGGUUCUCUCAAAGCCACUCUUGAUCUCUCCCCCACCCAAAACUAAUUGCCCUGCCAACAUUCAGGAAAUGCAAUUGUAUGAUGUAAUGCUGUUGAGUGUUUACCCACACUGAUUCGGCACACUUUCAGGGUGUGUUGAAGCUCUGAAGACAAUGGCGUUAUAAAUCUUCUUCCUGCCCCCCCCUUCUGUCCCCUGAAGAGAUCAAUAGAAAAAGGCUUGGGAGGGGUAGGUGAGGUUUUGGAAGACAUACAUCUCUGUCACAUUCCCUAUGCACCUCCGUGACUUAAGAGAUGGCUUCAAAAUUCCUGAAAUGAAGACGUUCCUGCAUUCCUGACUGAAGACUUGGGCUAUGGUUGUC